ACCUCAGUCUACAUAGAAAAAGAACCGGAGAGAUUGGGAAGAGAAAAGGAGGAAGAAGAGGAAGAAGGAGAGUGGAAAGAUGAGCAGCAUAGGAACUGGAUACGAUCUCUCUGUCACCACAUUCUCUCCUGAUGGCCGCGUUUUCCAGAUCGAAUACGCCGCCAAAGCUGUCGAUAACAGCGGGACUGUCAUUGGGAUUAAAUGCAAAGAUGGGAUUGUCUUGGGAGUAGAGAAGCUUAUAGCGUCCAAGAUGAUGUUGCCGGGUUCCAAUAGAAGAAUUCAUUCUGUGCAUCGCCAUUCUGGCAUGGCUGUAGCCGGACUAGCUGCAGAUGGGAGGCAAAUUGUUGCACGAGCCAAGGCUGAAGCCACCAAUUAUCAAAGUGUGUAUGGUGAAGCAAUUCCUGUGAAGGAACUUGCCGAACGAGUGGCUAGUUAUGUGCAUUUAUGUACCCUAUACUGGUGGCUCAGACCUUUUGGAUGUGGAGUAAUUCUUGGAGGUUAUGACAGAGAUGGACCACAAUUGUACAUGGUUGAACCUUCUGGUGUUUCCUAUAGGUACUUUGGUGCUGCAAUUGGAAAAGGCAGACAGGCUGCUAAAACAGAGAUUGAGAAGUUGAAGCUUUCUGAAUUGUCUUGUCGGCAAGGGGUUAUUGAAGUAGCCAAGAUCAUUUAUGGGGUACACGAUGAGGCCAAGGACAAGGCAUUUGAGUUGGAAAUGAGCUGGGUUUGUGAGGAGUCAAACCGCCAGCAUCAGAAGAUUCCUGAUGACCUUUUAGAGGAAGCCAAGGCAGCAGCUAAAGCAGCUCUGGAAGAAAUGGAUGCAGAUUAGUUGGACGGACCUAAGCAUUCAUGGGUCCACCUCUACUCUGCUCUUUAAACUUUUUUAUUUGGCUUGCCCAAAUGGUUUGUUGUGACAAAUUAAUGCUUAAUUUCUAGUGAAAUUUGCAAAAUGUAGUGUGGCUCAGAUUGGUGGAUUUUUUUGUUACAAUGGGUAUUCUACUGAUGUAUCAGUAUCAUUACCAGUUAAAAUAUUUUCUAUUUUUCCUCCAA